GUUCUCAAUUGUGACGUUUUAGCACAAAGUGUUCCUAAUUUUCACGUCAACAAAAAAUUGCUUUAAGAUAAGGUUAUGUUAUUGAAAUGUUAUUAAAUAUCGUUUGAAUGAUGAUAAACAACCGUUUAAGCCCUAUUCUAAGUGCUGAUAGGCGAUAAGAGGCGCACUAUCUUGGUAUAGUUGAUGGAAAUCGCUCACUAUGAGUAAAAACAUACCCGGACUUAUUAUUUGCCUUAUAUUCUUCACAACAUUUCUCGUUCUGUUUUUAUUCUCAAAAUGCUUAAUUUCUUUGCGGGUGUUUCAAGACUUCGAGCCAGAAUACAGUUGGUUGUCCCAUUGUGUUACAAAUGUUUUGGGAUAUUCUACAGUUAUUAUUCCUGGUUAUUUAGUAUUUAAAUAUAUUAGAAAAACGAAUUAUUUAGAUAGAGCAGGAAAUGGAUUUUUACCAACAAUAAUUCACAAAUUUUUUGGUGAGGAAGAAUUAAUCGAUCGUGCAAAUUCUUCAUCAACACCAACACAGUAUUCGCAAUCCAAAAAGGCAGUCUUGCUUGUAACAUAUUUUAUUGGAUUAUUAAUAUCAUUUCUUUGUUGGGGCGUUCUGCAGGAAAAGAUCAUGACGCAAAAUUAUGUUAAUAGCUUAAAUGAGACAUCUCAGUUUAAAGAUUCGCAAUUUUUGGUGUUAGUUAAUAGGGUGUUGGCGUUUUGCUUCUCAGGGAUUUAUAUUUGCUGCAAGCGGCAGCCACGCCAUAAAUGUCCCCUAUACAAAUACAUUUUUUGCUCACUUUCGAAUGUAAUGAGUUCUUGGUGUCAAUAUGAGGCGUUAAAAUACGUUUCAUUUUUGCACCAAGUCUUAUCAAAAGCUGCUAAAACAAUUCCUGUUAUGAUAAUGGGGAAAAUUAUUUCUCGAACAAAAUAUGAAUACUAUGAGUAUUUAACUGCUAUUAUUUUAUCGGUAGGGAUGUUAUUUUUUAUGUUAGAUACUGGGGAUGAUAAUGGGACAACAAUAACGACUUUUACUGGAGUUGUUUUGUUAACAUCUUAUAUUGCGUUUGAUAGUUUUACAUCAAAUUGGCAAGGUGCUUUGUUUAAGUCCUUUGGGAUGUCCCCUGUUCAAAUGAUGUGUGCUGUUAAUUUCUUUUCCUGCAUUUUAACAUCAACGUCGCUUUUACAAAAAGGUGGUUUUAUCGAAUCUAUUAAUUUUAUGUAUCAAUUCCCAUCUUUUAUUAUUGACUGUUUUUUAUUGUCUUUUUGUUCGGCAAUUGGGCAGUUAUUAAUAUUUUCAACGCUAGCUACGUUUGGGCCGCUAGUUUUCGCGAUUAUUUCGACGAUUCGUCAAGGUUGUUCCGUUUUAUUGAGUUGUUUAAUUUAUCAUCACCAAGUAAACGCUUUGGGGAUUUUUGGGAUCGUUUUGGUGUUUUUCAGUAUUUUUUUGCGUAUUUAUUGUAGUUAUCGAAUGAAAAAUAUUCGGAACCGGAGACCCAACGAAGGUAAAAAUUAAUGCUGUUUAGUUCUAUGACUUUAACAUAUCAUAUAUACUCAAUAAAGAACUUUUAGAAACCAA